AUGAGGACGGAGCUGGAAGGCACGGGCCCGAUCUGCGGCCCGCCGGCGUGGAAGGUGUCGGCUUUCGCGGGCGCCGACAUCGUGACGGCGCAGGUCUUCUGGGAAGGCCUGUGGAUGAACUGCGUGAUCCGGCGCACGGGCCGCACGCAGCGCCAGGCCUACGACUCGGUCCUGCUGCGGGCCUCCAGGGCGCUGGCGUGCGUGUCCCUGGCGGCGGGCGCGUUGGCGUCGGGACUGAGCGUGCCGGGCGCCCGCCGCACGUCCUUCCUGCGCCACCAUCGGCCCACCAAAAACAACGCGGGACCGUCCGCGGGCGCCGCCGUCUACGUGGGCUGGGCCACGGGGGCGCCGCUCGUCAUCGGCGGGGCGCUCGCGUGCUCGGCGUACCCGUGCUGA